CUGCUUUGCUUUGGCUCAUAACUUUAAUGCAAAGCUUUCAGGGCAUGGUUUAUAUGUUUAAUGCAGGCAUAUAACUCUGCUUAUGUGGUGGUUAAAGGUCUUAAUAAUCUCUCAUGGUUUUCCUUGGGACUUAGAAAAAAGCAAGCACCCUGUCCAAUUUCCGCCACAAAGGAAAGUAAUUGGAGUCUAAUUUAGAAGAAGCGAGUGCAAUCAUUGCCUUUCUUUGGUAAAAAGCUUACGUUAUGGAAAAGCCUCUUUAAAUCCUUGUAAAAUUCAUAUCCCAACAAACUACUAUUGCAUUCGAUAGUUUUGAUGGCAAAACCAGUUCACUAUCCAUGCUAUCUUCAUCUCUUGUUUCUUAUCCUUUCUUUUCAUCGGUCAAGCCAGCUGCAGCCCUUUCAGUCUCAGUCCCUUCUGAGAAUCCAGCAGCUUCUUAACUACCCAUCUUUCUCGGCCAGCUUUGACAACACCACAGAUUUCUGCAACAUUGAACCAACUCCAUCUCUAACUCUAGUGUGCUAUGAAGAUAAUAUAACACAGCUUCACAUUGUAGGAAGUAGUGGGGUUCCUCCAAAUUUCUCCACAGACUAUUUCUUUGCCACUGUUGCUAGUCUAUCUAGCUUGAAGGUUCUGUCUUUGGUUUCUCUUGGCUUCUCGGGGCCACUGCCUGAAAGUAUUGGUCAGUUAUCUUCACUUGAGAUAUUAAAUGCAAGUUCAAACUAUUUCAGUGGCUCCAUUCCAGCAUCUCUUUCAUAUUUGAAGAGCCUUCAGACACUGAUUCUGGACCAUAACAAGUUCAGUGGUGAAGUUCCUGGUUGGGUAGGUUUCCUUCCAGCUUUGGCUGUGUUGAGCUUGAAGAACAACUCCCUUAGUGGGUAUCUACCAAAUUCUCUGACGAGAUUGGAAAGUCUAAGAAUUUUCUCUCUCUCAAAGAAUCACUUAUCUGGACAAGUGCCUGAUCUUCAUAACUUGACCAACCUUCAAGUUCUUGAGUUGGAAGACAAUCACUUUGGACCUGAUUUUCCAGGUUUGCACAACAAGGUGGUGACUCUUGUGCUAAGAAAUAAUAGCUUUCAUUCUGGCAUACCUGCUGACUUAGUCACGUACCAUCAGCUUCAGAAGCUGGACCUCUCCUUUAAUGGAUUUGUAGGACCAUUUUUGCCAUCUUUGUUGUCAAGCCCUCCAAUGAAUUAUCUUGAUAUUUCACAUAACAAAUUUACAGGGAUGCUCUUCGAAAAUAUGUCCUGCCAUGCUGAACUAGCCUAUGUAGAUUUAUCCUCAAAUCUUUUGACUGGAGAGUUACCUACUUGCCUAAACUUGAGCUCAGAGAGCAGAACUGUCCUGUAUGCUAGAAACUGCUUGUCAAACAAAGAACAAGAACAGCAUCCUUUUAACUUCUGUCACAAUGAAGCACUGGCUGUGAAAAUCUUGCCUCGUGAUGAUGUUAAGCAUCAGAGACACGAUAAGGAAGUUCUUGCAUCAAGUACUAUGGGAGGAGUAGUUGGAGGAAUUGCAAUUGUUGGCUUGGUUUUCUUGUUUGUCAAGAGGGUAUAUAGUAAGGAUGAUGUGAAAAAACCCCAAACAAGGAUACUCGUGAGGAAUUUGUCAUCAGUGAACACAGUGAAACUUCUUUCAGAUGCAAGGCACAUAUCACAAACAAUGAAGCUUGGAGCUAGCCUUCCUAAUUAUCGAACCUUUUCUCUGGAGGAGCUCAAGGAGGCAACAAAUAACUUCGAUGCCUCGAACUUACUUAGUGAAGAUUCAAACAGUCAGAUGUAUAAAGGAAAGCUCAAUGAUGGAAGUCUUGUUGCUAUUAGAAGCUCAAAAGUCAGGAAAAAGAUCAGCCAACGUACCUUUACCCACCAUAUUGAGUUGAUUUCAAAACUCAGACAUAACCACUUGAUCAGUGCUCUGGGACACUGCUUUGAUUGCUGCCAGGAUGAUUCCAGCACCAGCAGAAUAUUUAAUAUAUUUGAGUUUGUUCCAAAUGGGACUCUUAGAGACUACAUCUCUGGAAUUCCAGAGAACAAGCUGAAAUGGCCACAAAGAAUAGGAGCUGCUAUUGGAGUUGCAAGGGGUAUUCAAUUCCUGCACACGGGGAUUGUCCCGGGUGUAUUUCCAAACAAUCUGAAGAUAACAGAUGUCCUAUUGGACCAUGAUCUGCUUGUAAAACUCUGUAGCUACAACCUGCCACUACUCACUGAGGGAUCGGUGGGCGCUGCAGUUUCUUCUGGAACAAAACAAAAUUUUGGGACAAGGGAUAGACAUGAGGAUAAGGAGGACAUCUAUGACUUGGGAGUAAUCUUAGUUGAAAUCAUUUUUGGAAGGCCAGUGGUUAAAAAUGAAGUCAUCGUCUCAAAAGAUCUGUUAAAAGUAAGCAUGACAGUUGACGAUGUAGCUCGAAGGAAUAUUGUUGAUCCAGCAAUUAACAAGGAGUGCUCAGAUGAAUCUCUAAAGAUAAUGAUGGAGAUAUGUAUUAGAUGUCUUUCCAAAGAGCCAUCUGAUAGACCAUCAGUUGAUGAUGUGCUUUGGAACUUGCAUUUUGCAGCACAAGUUCGGGAGCGUUCCAGAACAAGUUAGAACUGAAUGUCUCAUGUUCGUAACUGUAACUUUAUCUACUUCCUAUAUUUUCCAAGAAUUUGAUGAUCAAUUUAGUCCUCUUGUACAAGUCUGAUUUCCCAUGUAUGGCAUAUGACUAUCUGUAGUUUCAAAGUCCAAUCUCAUGCUACAUCGUACUUCCAGGGGCCAGAAUAGUUCAUGCUUAUUAUGAGACGCUA